AUGGGCCACGCCAGAGAAAUUCUCUGGCGAGCGCAACGCCGACUCGGGACAUCAUGGAUUGGCCAUUUUCGCCUCGUCGCGAAUGCAAACAACUGGACACCGGCAGACCAAGGCAGGUACAUUGGGUUGUACCUCACCGGCCACGCACUGUCUUACUUCCAAAGUUUGGAAGCCCAUACGAGGACAGGCCCAUUCGACCAGCUGCUGCAGGCGUUUGAACAGCGAUUCGGCGACGCAAACUUCAUCCCCACGUUCAGAGCAGAGCUGCAGUCACGCCGGCAAAUUCGUGGCGAGUCCCUGUCGGAUUUUGCGGAAGUCGUCCGCAGGCUCAGUAGACGGGCGUACCCCACGGUGGCUGGAGCAGUGCAGGAUACCCUGGCGCGCGACACCUUUGUAGCCGGCCUUGACAGCAGGGACCUGCGCCUGCAUGUUCGUGGCACGGACCCACCAACAUUGGAUGAUGCACUCCGACGGGCUAUGCAUUUUCAGUGCAUCCUGGAGGCAGACCAGCAGCAGCAGGCAGCUAGCCCAGUUAUAUGUGCGGUGCAAUCUCAACCCAGUGACCCUCCACUCCACGCCCUGCUGUCGAGGAUGGCAGCCCUGGAGGACAAGAUCUCCAGGCUCACGCUGGAGAGGCCAACUAAUCUGCAUCGGAGUGGAGAUGGUGACACCAAGCGGUGCUAUGUGUGCGACAGCACAAUGCAUUUCGCACCUGACUGUCCGCACCAGAGAUACACACCGGCUAACCGUGGUGGUCACCGGGGUCGUGGACGCGGUCGGGGAAACUGA